AUGAGCAAGAAAACAGAUGUGUUAAAGACACAACAAAUGUCUAAUUGGUCAGAUUCAAAUGACAACUUGUUCUCAUCAAGCCUUGCAAGCUAUCUUGAUAGAAAAAUUAUUAUAUUACUACGAGAUGGUAGAGAACUCUUGGGAACUUUCCGUUCUUUCGAUCAAUAUGCAAAUAUAGUAUUGGAAGGUACCUCAGAAAGAGUAAUAGUGGGAAAUCUCUGUUGUGACAUACCUUUGGGUCUCUACAUUGUUCGUGGGGAGAAUGUUAUGCUCAUUGGACAACGGGAGUCUAAUAAGGAGGAGCUCCCCCCACACAUGACUUGUGUUUCAGAAACAGAAAUCAAAAGGGCUCAAAAGGCAGACAAGAAUGCAGAAGAACUAAAGGGUUCCACUAGAAGAAGAAUGGAGUUUCUUGACUUUGACUAGUAUUUUUUUAAAUUAUUAUUA